AUGAGAGAGUACUACGCUCACCAGAUCCAAACAAGGCCAUCUGAGGGUAUGACUAUCAUCAAGUCCGGAAAGCUACUGCACCAGUAUAUUGUCGAUACUUACACUGCAACAGAGCAGGAGAGGCUACGAUUUCUCAGACUUAACCAAAAACAACUCCGGGCUGAGUUAUAUACAAACGUCUGCGACGCCUUAGACAAUGGAGAUACGGAUGCUGCCCACCUAGGGAAAAAAGUCAUAUUGCCUUCUUCAUUCACUGCAGGACCAUGCUACAUGUCUGAGAAAUAUCAAGAUGCCAUGGCUAUCUGUCGUUUUUAUGGUAACCCCCACCUUUUCAUCACAUUCACAGCUAACCCAAAUUGGGUUGAACUGAAAGAACACCUAGACGCCUAUGGAGGCGAUUCACCCAACAACAGACCAGACCUUGAGUGCAGAGUUUUUAAGCUCAAGUUAAACGAGAUGCUGUCUGACUUUAAGAAAGGGGUUUUUUUCCCAAAAACGGUUGCAGCCUAUACAGUUGUCUACACAAUUGAGUUCCAGAAACGGGGACUCCCACACGCCCAUAUUCUUCUAUGGUUCGAAGGUUUUAAAGGAGAAGCCACUGCUGCAGUUAUUGAUCAGUACAUAACAGCUGAACUACCUGACAGAGACACAGACAGAGAGGGUUUCGAGUUGGUUGAGAGGCACAUGAUUCACGGGCCAUGUGGGAACAAACACCCUCAAUCACCCUGCAUGGAGAAAGGAGAGUGCUCAAAGAAGUACCCGAAAAACUACUCAAACACCACAAAGAUUGACAAGUAUGGCUUUGUUGUUUACAAAAGACGAGCUCAUAGUAGCUCAUACGUUCUGAAAGGAAGAGUAGAGCUAGACAAUCAAUACGUCGUGCCACAUAACCUCCCCCUCCUUAAAAAAUAUCAAGCACACAUCAAUGUAGAGUGGUGCUGCAAGACCAGCGCUAUCAAAUAUCUCUUCAAAUACAUAACUAAGGGUGUAGACCGAGCACUACUACUGCUUCAGGAGAAGGGGAAGAGCAGAGAAGAAAUCGAGAAAAAGAAACAGCAUCUUGAGCUUGAUGAGAUAGAUCGAUUUCAGGAGUGCCGGUAUAUUUCAGCAUGUGAAGCCUCAUGGCACCUGUUUUCUUUCCACAUCCACCACAACGAGCCUUCAGUUAUGAAACUCACACUUCACCUUCCAGGAAAGCACAGAGUUGUCAUUGAUCCAACUAAGAGAUUAGAAGAAGUUCUCUCAAGGGAUGAUAUCGAGAAAACAAUGCUCACUGCGUAUUUUGAGGCAAACAAGAAAUAUGAAGAGGCCAGAGAGCUUACAUACGUUCAGUUUCCAUCUCGGUUUGUGUACCACAGUGACAUAAAAGAAUGGACACCAAGAAAGAAGGGCACAGCAAUAGGACGAGUCACCUAUGUUCAUCCAGCUGCAGGCGGCUUAUACUACCUUAGAAUCAUCGUCAACGUCGUUAAAGGGGCCUUUGGUUUUGAGCACCUCGCCACUGUAGGAGGUACAACGUUUGAGGAGUAUCGGGAUGCAUGCUAUGCGCUAGGUUUAUUGGACGACGAUAAGGAAUGGCAUGAUGCUAUAGUUGAACCAUCCUAUUGGGCAACAUGUCGUCAGCUAAGGAGGUUAUUCAUCACUAUCUUGAUCUACUGUGAAGUUGGAAACCCCCGGAAUCUUUGGGAUCAUGUGUGGAACAUAUUGGCUGAAGAUAUCUUAUAUAUGAAACAGAAAGAAUUCAACUUCCCGGGCUUGAUUCUACAGGAUGAGGAGCUCAAACAGUAUACACUAAUGGAGACUGAAAGACUCCUAAAAUAG